UCUCUGCCUCGCAGGCGCAAACGGUUGGGCGCAGGGCCAGCAUGGCCUUCAUCAACCUGGUGCCCAAACUCUACCAAUCUGUAAUUGAAGAUGUAAUUGAGGGCGUGCGGGACCUGUUUGCCGAGGAAGGCAUUGAGGAGCAGGUGUUGAAAGACCUGCAGAAGCUCUGGGAAACCAAAGUGUUACAAUCCAAAGCCACAGAGGACUUCUUCAGAAACAGCGCGCAGGUGCCCCUUCUCACUCUCCAGCUGCCUCAUGCCUUACCACCAACACUGCAGUCCACAGCACCGUUGCUGAUCCCAGCUGGAAGAACUCUGCCGAGUUUUACGCCAGAAGACCUGAACACCGCCAACUGUGGUGCAAACUUUGCCUUUGCUGGCUAUCCCAUCCACGUCCCAGCAGGCAUGGCCCUCCAGACGGCAUCUGGUCACCUUUACAAAGUCAAUGUACCAGUCAUGGUGACACAGACUUCUGGGAGAACAGAAAUUCUCCAGCAUCCAUUUCAGCAAGUCCUUCAGCAGCUUGGGCAGCCUUCAGUAAUACAGGCCACUGUUCCAACAUUGCACCCAUGUUCUCUUCAAGCAGCAACUGAGAAAUCCCUCAGAAUGGAAGCUGUGCUGCAGCUGCCUACCAUGCUGCAUCCUACUCCCGUGGACAGGAAGCAUGUAGAAGAUGCUGCCAGCGACAGGCGUGUUCUCCCUGGAAAUGAGCUGAGGCCACAGGAGAGCUCUCCGUACCUCAGCCUUCCAGGAGUGGGCUUCCCUCCUCAGGUUGCUCUGACAGAGUCUAGCCUGGAGCCAGUGCUUGGUGUCUCAGCGAGCCUGACUCAGAGUCUGCACGGUGGCCCUUUCUCACAGGGCCCUCCAGGCACUCUCCACCACCACUUGCUAGAGUCACAGCUUCACAGCCUUAAAGACAGGAUAUAUGGAUGCGACUCCAUAAAGCAACUGAGAAAAACGGAGGAGCCCAGCAGCCUCCAUGUGUCAGAGAAGAACUGUACUUCUGAGAGGGAUCUGAACAUUCAGGUGACCGAUGAUGAUCUUAAUGAAAUAAUUCAAAUAGAUGGAGCCGGCGAUAACUCUUCUACUGAAGAGAUGGGAAGUAUAAGGGAUGCAGGUGAGAAUGAGUUCCCAGGCAUCAUUGAUGCAGGCGACCUCAAGGUGCUUGAAGAAGAAGUGGACAGCAUAUCAAAUGAAGAUUCAACUGCAAACAGCAGCGACAACGAGGACCAUCCAAUAGAUGCACUAGAAGAGGAUCCCCUAAAUUCUGGAGAUGAUGUCAGUGAGCAGGAUGUGCCGGACCUGUUUGAUACAGACAAUGUAAUUGUCUGUCAGUAUGAUAAGAUUCACCGGAGCAAGAACAGAUGGAAAUUCUACUUGAAAGAUGGUGUCAUGUGCUUUGGAGGGAGAGACUACGUGUUUGCCAAAGCCAUUGGUGAAGCUGAGUGGUAAAGCUUCUGAGGCUCCGUGCAUCCGCUCUGUGAACCUGCGUGGGACUGACUACUGUACUGUAUGUGUGGCCUACAUUCUUGUUUUAUAUGUGCUCCAUCAAAGAGUUGACCAACUUUUUGUUCACUAUAUGGAAUUAAAUAAAAGUAUAGUUCAAAUG